UCCGCGCCACGUGACGUAAUUCCGCCUCCGGCGUCCUGCGCUGUUCCGCCAUGGCCUCCGUGGAGUCGCGUCGGAGUCCUGCCAGCUCUCGGCAGGAGCCGGAGGGGCGCUCCCGACGCCAGGACAAGUACUCGGUGCUCUUACCCACCUACAACGAGCGCGAGAACCUGCCGCUCAUCGUGUGGCUGCUGGUGAAGAGCUUCUCCGAGAGUGGAAUCAACUAUGAAAUUAUAAUCAUAGAUGAUGGAAGCCCAGAUGGAACAAAGGAUGUUGCUGAACAGUUGGAAAAGAUCUAUGGAUCCGACAAAAUUCUUCUAAGACCACGGGAGAAAAAACUGGGAUUAGGAACUGCGUAUAUUCAUGGAAUGGAACAUGCCACAGGAAACUACAUAGUUAUUAUGGAUGCUGAUCUCUCUCACCAUCCAAAAUUUAUUCCUGAAUUCAUUAGGAAGCAAAAAGAGGGUAAUUUUGAUAUUGUCUCUGGAACUCGCUACAAAGGAAAUGGUGGUGUAUAUGGCUGGGAUUUGAAAAGAAAAAUAAUCAGCCGUGGGGCCAAUUUUAUAACUCAGGUUUUGCUGAGACCAGGCGCAUCUGAUUUAACAGGAAGUUUCAGAUUAUACCGAAAGGAAGUUCUACAGAAAUUAGUAGAAAAAUGUGUUUCUAAGGGCUAUGUCUUCCAGAUGGAGAUGAUUGUUCGGGCAAGACAGAUGAAUUAUACUAUUGGUGAGGUUCCAAUAUCAUUUGUGGAUCGUGUUUAUGGUGAAUCCAAGUUGGGAGGAAAUGAAAUAGUCUCUUUCUUGAAAGGAUUGUUGACUCUUUUUGCUACUACAUAAAAGAAAGUUACUCAUUUAUGCUUACCAUGGUCAUUUCAAUGUAAACAUAAAAGAAGCCUGGUUACUGAUUUUUGUAAAACGUACUCUUAAAGCAUAAACCACGAGGUAAGGAAAUUUUCAUGCAAAUUUUUUUUUCUGGAGAAACUCCCAUUUUAUAUUUCAUAUUAAAUAAUUAUAAAAGUUAUUGGUUCAACGAGCAGUGUUUCAAUUUUCAUUUAUAUUUUGCUGUAUUAAGAUCUAUAAAUAAAUGUAUAUUUUUUUUGCACAAAAUGUUGCUGCUUUCAUUACAGUAUGUGAAUGCAGAGAUUCUGACAUGAAACAGAAUCUCAAGUAUUUGUCAUGAAAACUAGAUUCCUAGCUCUUUAUACCUAGGAGAUGUCAGAAGUAAGGGGAAAGAAAGUUAACUGUAUUUAUGAGAUAAGUAAAGCUGAUUCCAUUACCAAUUGAAGAAGUUUAAGUCUCUGCCCUUUCUUCAAAAAGUCUCAAAUUUCUUAAGUUAUAUACUUAGAGCAUUUGGGUUGAAUUGAAGAAGCAUUUUGUCUACUUAGAGCAAGUGUAUUUGAAGUACAUAUUGUGAAUUGGAAAACAAUUGGCAACAGUUGAUUGCAUAGCUGCUUUUUGUUUUUCUCUUUUAAGUAAUAACCCUGUUGGUAUGGAAAAACAUUUUGCCUCGCAAAAACAUUUUAUUUCAAACUCCUCAACAAAGCUCAUGUCCUUUUAUUAAUGUGGCAAAAAUCUCUUCCCUGUAACUCUGUGGCAGAACACCAGGAAAGUGUUCUGCCAGUUAAAAUGAAGGAUAAGUUGUAUUGUAAAGCCAGGGCAAAUAUUCCGUUUACCUACCUUGUCUAUCAUAGGUGAUUUAAUUGUAUCAUAGCUUUUGGGUCAUACAGUAUCUUAACAUUUGAGUAAGGGCAUACUUUGAGCAAAUAAGCUUAAUAUCUAGUUGACUUUCUUUUGCAAAUAAAAGGAAGAGGAGGUGUACUUAAUUGAA